GAGAUUAUGACGGUGAGGGUUAUGAUCAUGUUGGAGAAGAAGUAGAAUUAUACACUAAAUACAAAAACUACAAAACAGUAGCCUUAAAAGCCCUCUCUAAUUCCCAAAAUCUCAAUCAAGACUUUUUACAAGAACUAACUCUUUACAAAAUGUUCAGAAGUGAAGUAAGUAAUAUGGUGCCUUGUUAUGGGAUUUCUAAGGAUUUAGAGGGCAAUUAUAUUAUGGUGAUGGAGUUUAUGAAAGAAGGCGAUUUAAGAGAAUAUUUAAGGAAGAAUUAUCGGGAGUUAAAGUUUUAUAGUGAUGAAUAUGGAAAAACUGAUAAACUUAAAUUUCUCCGACAAAUCACCCAAGGUCUAAAAGAUAUCCAUCAUGGUCUCUAUCAUUCAAAAGGUGAUUUAAAAACAGACACCGAAUUCUACCAACAAUAUGAAGAAGCCAAAAACCAUAACAAAACCUUACCAGAUGAAAUCAAACAUCCUACUUACCACUCCUCAGAAACUUGGCAUAGCAAACCCAUAAAUACUAAACAAAUCACUAAAUUAUUACAAGGAGACA